ACCUGAUUUCUGCCCCCACCCCACCCCCUCACAUUCCUCCACCCGCGUCCAGCGCCCGCCGCCUCCGCAGCCCAAGCCCGGGUCUCCCGCUCCAACUAUUCCAACCAUGCUGGGCAGGGUGGGGCGCUCAGCUCUCGGCCCCCCUCCGUGGCACCCCUCCUCCGAGUCAGUCACCCCUACUGCCCCGGUCCCUCCCUUUCUGGGGUAGGGCCAGCCAAUGGGGGACUAGGCUCCAGGGUUUGGCCUGAGUGCCGGGCUGCUCUCGGAUCCCCCGCCCCACAGUGCUGGCCGGCGUCCCGGUGCGCACGGACGUGGCUUGAGUUUCCUCGCCUCUCGGUUCUCGCUCUCUUCCUCUCGCUCCCCUUUUCUCUCCGGAUCCUCUCGUUCCGCUCCAGCUCCAGCUCCGCUCGGCCGGUCCCGCACGGCUCCGGGGAGCCAUGGAGGACGUCACACUUCAUAUCGUGGAGAGGCCGUUUUCCGGGACGCCCGAAGUUGAGGAUCGUGAGCCCUCCCAGAUGGGGGCACCGGCCGCUGAGGAGCCGUCGGGGACCGGCUCGGAGGAGCUGAUCAAGUCGGACCAGGUGAAUGGCGUGCUGGUGCUGAGCCUCUUGGACAAGAUAAUCGGCGCCGUCGACCAGAUCCAGCUGACCCAAGCCCAGCUGGAGGAGCGGCAGGCGGAGAUGGAGGGCGCGGUGCAGAGCAUCCAGGGCGAACUGGCUAAGCUGGGCAAGGCGCACGCCACCACGAGCAACACGGUGAGCAAGCUCCUGGAGAAGGUGCGCAAGGUCAGCGUCAACGUGAAGACCGUACGGGGCAGCUUGGAGCGCCAGGCCGGUCAGAUUAAGAAGCUGGAGGUCAACGAGGCCGAGCUGCUGCGGCGCCGCAACUUCAAAGUCAUGAUCUACCAGGACGAAGUGAAAUUGCCGGCCAAACUGAGCAUCAGCAAGUCGCUGAAGGAGUCAGAGGCGCUGCCGGAGAAGGAGGGCGACGAGGCCGGUGAGGGCGAGCGUCCCGAGGAGGACGCGGCCGCGCUGGAGCUGUCCUCGGACGAGGCGGUGGAGGUGGAGGAGGUCGUGGAGGAGUCGCGCGCUGAGCGCAUCAAGCGCAGCGGCCUGCGGCGCGUGGACGACUUCAAGAAGGCCUUUUCCAAGGAGAAGAUGGAGAAGACCAGGGUGCGCACGCGUGAGAACCUGGAGAAGACGCGCCUGAAGACCAAGGAGAACCUGGAGAAGACGCGCCACACCCUGGAGAAGCGCAUGAACAAGCUGGGCACGCGCCUCGUGCCAGCCGAGCGGCGCGAGAAGCUCAAGACGUCCCGGGACAAGCUGCGCAAGUCGUUCACGCCCGACCACGUGGUGUACGCGCGCUCCAAGACGGCCGUGUACAAGGUGCCACCCUUCACCUUCCACGUCAAGAAGAUCCGCGAGGGCGAGGUGGAGGUGCUUAAAGCCACCGAGAUGGUGGAGGUGGGUCCCGAUGAUGACGAGGCUGGCGCCGAGCCCGGCGAGGCGGGCGACCUGCUGCGCGCCAGCAGCCCCGACGUGCACACGCUGCUGGAGAUCACCGAGGAGUCGGAUGCCGUGCUGGUGGACCGGAGCGACAGCGACUGAACCCGCCCCGCCCCGCGCUUGCUCCCCUCUCCCGCACAUACUUUCCUCUUUCGCACCACCUGCGCUCCCCUACUCUCUCCCACUCCCCAGUCCUCCACUCCCAGAUUCGCUGCUGGGGUCCGCAGUGGAAAGCAGCACCCCUUACCCUCAAGAGGGCGGAGCGGGAGGCAGCCCCAGUGCAGACGUAGUCUGGGUGAAAAUGCGUGCUCCGCGUUGGAGAUCCAGGAGGAAGUCGCUGCCAGGCCUUGGUGGGCUCUCCCGAUGGGUGGGUGGAGGACUGCCUGCCCUUUGGCCGCACUCACGCUCCGAAACUGCCACGUGCGUGCGUGAGCUCUUUUUCCUGCUCUUCUGGGCCCACUCUUCAAAGCCAAAUUUUCUAAAGAGGAGAAUGGAAUCCUACAGGGGACCUUGGCUCACUUAAAAGACCCCCCCCCCCCUUGUAGGCGGAUCUGAGACCUGGGGUGGGGGGCAGGGGCGGGGGAGGAGAGAGUCGCGCAAGGGAUUUAGCAGGACAGGGGGUCCCCCAAUAACGAAGAGCUUUGGGGAAAGUGGGCGUGGGGAAGCGACCCACAAAAUUCCAUGCUUACGCAUCUGCACGCAGGAGUGUGCACACGGCUGUGGCUUUGGGAAAAGGAACGGGAAAGAGAAGGUGGCAGUGGGUGCAGAGAGGAUUCGUCCCCUCGUUAACAGUAUGCUAAAGCCCGGGACAGCAGGUCCCUUUUUAGGGUCAAGAGGAAGGAGUGUGUAAGGAAGGUAAGACUCAAAGGGAAGAAAGUGAAGUCUCACCAGGCCCGCGUCCAGGGGCCUGGGUGGCUCUUGCAGCCUGUUCUCGCCAAGCUGGGAAAACGAAUGUUCCAGAAGGGGGCAGCAGCAGGCUGCAGAGCGCAGAGAGUUGGGAGAAAGACCGAGCCGAAAAAGCUAAGAAUGGCCGACUACCCAGCCGCGCGAGCUGCACGUCAGGUGGGGAGAGCGCCGUGCGCAGCAGCUAGCCCUGCAGCCCGCCUCAUCCCCGGCAGCAUUUCCAGAAUCCUCCCCAGAGCUGCCACACAAAGCUGCAGGACUUGCCAAGAUCCCACUGGUUUCCCUGCCUCUCCAGGGCAGCUUUCCUGAAUCUUGUGGGUGAGGGGGGGAAGGGAGUUCCUUCCUGUCUGGAGCCUCAUUUUCUGGAGUCCACUGCCCAGAGAUGCCCCUGGACAGAAGCAAACGCAUCCCUCAUCCCACUCCCCGUCAACACCAGAGGGAGGGAUCCCAAACUGGAUGCCUCCUCCUCCUUCCCCAGCUCUGCUUUAUAGAAUUGCAGCUAAUUGUUUAAAGGGGUGGGGGGUGGGGCGAGCCUGGGGACACAACCUUUUAUACAAUACAAGCUUGGCUUUUUUUUUUUUUUCCUUCCUUUUCCUUUCCUUGGUUCCCUAAUGUUCUGGGAGUGAUUGGAGGUGGUUAGCUGAGGGAGGAUGGGGACAUGCAGCCAGGUCCCCUGGUGCUGAUGGACAGAGGGGCCUGAGCUGUGAGCUGAAACAGUUUCCUGCGGCUCUUGGGGAGCCUGUCCCCUUGCUGUGUCCUGGUGAGCAGCCCGACCAAUAAACCUGCUUUU